AUGACUAACAACGAUGAUAUGACAGAAUUCCUGCAGAAGAACUUGGGUCCGAAGCGUGCAGUUCUUCCUUUGGUAAUCUCCAUGACUGUACUUUAUACAGUUAUUCUACUUACCGGGGUGGUGGGUAACAUCUGCACGUGCCUGGUCAUCGCUAGAAAUAAGUACAUGCACACGGCUACUAACUACUACCUGUUCAGCUUGUCCAUAUCUGAUGUCUUGCUUCUGAUACUAGGCCUACCGCAAGAGAUCUAUCUUUUUUGGCAGAAUUAUCCUUAUAUUUUCGGAGAAUCGUUCUGUAUCAUCCGAGGUCUGACGUCAGAGACCUCUACCAAUGCGUCAAUCUUGACCAUCACGGCCUUCACCGUGGAGCGGUAUCUGGCCAUCUGCCAUCCUCUCCUGGCCCACAGGAUGUCCCAGCUCUCUCGUGCCAUCAAAAUAAUCGUGAUUAUUUGGAUGGUUGCCGCUCUGUGCUCCAUUCCAGUCGUCUUCCAACUUGGAAUAGUCUAUCAACUAACGAAUAACAAGACGGUCAUUGUGGAAUCGGCCACGUGCGGUAUAAAACGGGAACUACCCCACAUUUUUGAAGUUUCAACUUUCCUCUUCUUCUUCCUACCCAUCACGGUUAUAACUUUCCUCUACAUCUUGAUUGGUUUGAGGCUUCGUCGUUUCACCGUCGGUCAGGCAGAGUCGUCUUCUGAGCUAACUAGAAGUUGUGGUAAUCAUUAUUCGUCUCGUCGAGCGGUGGUGAAAAUGUUAGUUGCAGUUGUUGUAUCAUUUUUCAUCUGCUGGUGUCCCUUCCAUGCUCAAAGACUAGCAGCUACUUACAUCCAGGAGACACCAAUGGCACAGAUGCCAUUUUUGGUGUUAACAUACAUCUCAGGUGUGAUGUAUUAUCUCAGUGCAACUAUCAACCCAAUUCUCUACCAGUUGAUGUCUCUGAAGUUUCGCCAGGCAUUUCAUGAUACAUUUGGAAGUUGUAUGAGAUGUUUAGGACCCCAGGAUCUUCCCCAAAUAACUUUUUCCGCCUUUGGAAACAAUAUGGACGGUUCCCGUCUGCCAUUCAUCAAAGGAAUUAGCUUCAGUUGUGAUAACAUUGCUUCUUUUAUUGGUAGAAGAUGGCCGACUGCUAGUACCAUCAGCGUCAGUCAGAGGGCGAUGUCCACAUCAUCUAGUGCCCUGAACGUCAAUCACAGAAUAACAAACUCAAGUAACAACUUAAUCGCUAAUCCAAGGUCACUGUUGAAUUCGAGAACCAGAUUGAGAUCCAAUCAUACACAAGAUGUUUCACUCUGUGUUUCCAUUGAAUUAGCGAAAAAAGAAAGGCCAGCAUCUCUUUCCUGUUUAAAGAUUGGAUAUUUAGAAUCAUCAACCAAUGAGAGUUUACCAAGAGCCAAUCGACUGUCUUUACCAUCACUAAGCAUUUAA